AUGCUGCGCUCGUUGGCUGCCUCCAGCUCGGCUGUGCGUCUUGCUCCUCGCGGCGGCAUUGCAGCUGCCCGCGUUCCAGCCACUUCUGCUUCCUUCGCCACGUCUGCUUCGCGUCGUCAGGCAACUCCCGCACCCGCUCCUCCCAAGAUGAUCAAGCUCACCAUCAACGGCAAGGAGAUCGAGGUCGAGCAAGGCACCGCCCUCAUCCAGGCCUGCGAAAAGGCUGGUGCUCAGAUCCCGCGAUUUUGCUAUCACGAGCGUCUCAUGGUCGCCGGUAACUGCCGAAUGUGCCUGGUCGAGUCCAAGGGUGCGCCCAAGCCUCUCGCUUCGUGCGCCUUCCCUGCCAUGCCCGGUCAGCAGAUCUUCACCGACACACCCCUCGUCGCCAAGGCUCGCGAAGGCGUCAUGGAGUUCCUCCUCGCCAACCACCCAUUGGAUUGCCCCAUUUGCGAUUGGGGUGGAGAGUGCGAUCUGCAGGACCAGUCGAUGCGCUACGGUUCGGACCGUUCGCGUUUCCACGAGAUCAAGGGAAAGCGUGCCGUCGAAGACAAGAACCUCGGCCCUCUGGUCAAGACUGUCAUGACGCGCUGCAUUCAGUGCACCCGAUGUGUUCGAUACGCCAACGACGUCGCCGGUGUCCAGGACAUGGGCACCACCGGCCGUGGCAACGACCUCCAGAUCGGCACUUACAUCGAGAAGACCAUGAACUCGGAGAUGUCUGGAAACAUCAUCGACCUGUGCCCUGUCGGUGCGCUCACCUCCAAGCCCUACGCCUUCCACGCCCGUCCCUGGGAGCUCAAGAAGACCGAGUCCGUCGAUGUGCUUGAUGCCGUCGGAUCCAACAUCCGUGUCGACUCGCGCGGUGUCCAGGUGAUGCGCAUCCUUCCCCGCACCAACGACGACGUCAACGAGGAGUGGAUCAACGACAAGACCCGAUUCGCCAACGAUGGUCUCAAGUACCAGCGUCUCACCACCCCUCUCAUCAAGCAGGGCGACCGCUUCGUGCCCGCCUCGUGGCCAGAGGCGCUUGCCACUAUUGCAGAGGGUCUCGCCUCGUCCGGUGCCAAAGGCGACGAGAUCAAGGCUGUCGCCGGUUCGCUCGCCGACGUCGAGUCGAUGGUCGUGCUCAAGGACCUCGUCAACAAGCUCGGCUCGGACAACCUUGCCACAGAUCAGACUAACGGCGACCAGGCUCCCAUUCACGGCGCCGAUUUCCGCUCCAACUAUACCUUCAACACCACCAUCCCUGGAAUCGAGGAGGCCGACCUGCUGCUGCUCGUGGGCACCAACCCUCGCCACGAGGCUGCCAUCGUCAACACGCGUAUCCGCAAGGCCUACCUGCACAGUGGCCUCGACGUCGGCCUGAUUGGCGAGAAGGUUGACCUCACCUACGAAUACGAUCACGUCGGCACGGAUGCUAAGGCUGUUCAGGAGCUGCUCUCGGGCAAAGGCGCCUUCGCCAAGAAGUUUAAGCAGGCCAAGAAGCCCAUGAUCGUGGUGGGCAGCGCUGUCGCCGAGCACGCCGACGGUAAGGCCAUCCUGGGCAACCUUGCUGAGCUGGUCAAGGCCAACAAGGACAAGCUGCUCUCGAGCGAGUGGAACGGCUACAACGUGCUGCAGCGACAGGCAUCGCGCACCGGUGCGCUUGACGUUGGCUUCGUCCCUUCGGCUGCUGCUGCCAAGACCACGCCCAAGUUCAUCUACCUACUCAACGCCGACGACAUUGCGCCAGAGUCGAUCCCGCGCGAUGCAUUCGUCGUCUACCAGGGUCAUCACGGUGACGUCGGUGCGCAGUUUGCCGACGUGUGCUUGCCCGGCUCGGCAUACACUGAGAAGGCGACCACGUACGUCAACACGGAGGGCCGCACACAAGUGACGCGAGCGGCGGUGCCACCACCGGGUGCGGCGCGUGAGGACUGGAAGAUUGUGCGUGCGCUGUCCGAGGUGGUUGGCGCGACGCUGCCAUAUAACGACAUUUUGGAUGUGCGCGACCGCAUGUUUGAGAUUUCGCCUACGCUGGUGCGAUACGAGGUUGCCGAGCCAUCGACGACGUCGGCGCCGUUGGCGGUUGAGGAGUUGUCCAAGCUGGCCAAGUCGUCGGUUUCCGGUACACCUCUGUUGAGACCGAUCCAGAACUUCUACCAGACGGACCCGAUCUCGCGCGCAUCACCGACCAUGGCCAAGUGCACUGCCGCCUUUGUCGAGGGUCUGCCCAUGGAUCAGGUGGAUGGCAAGCCGACACUGGCUGCCUUCAGCUAA